CUUUUCGAAACUUGUUCGUUGUCGCGGCCGGAAAGAGUCUUGGUCACUGGGGGGCGAAGAGAGACAUGUCUUCUGAACAUUUCUCGUCGUCGGAGAAGGAGAAUGAGCAGGAGAAGAAGAGGGCGUUGUGGAAUACUGGGGACGAUAAUCCUGAUACGGAAGCUGGACAUGUGGCCGUGGAAGUGAACGUGUUACUCGACAAGAAUGGCUUCAAAUUAUUUCCCACACCCGUGCAAAACGAUGGAUUGGAUCCUCUCAACUGGUCUUCAUUUCAAAAACAUGUCAUUCUUUCCAUCGUGAUGGCAUUAUACUUCAUGUUCACCUACAUCACAACCACCACCGUCCCCGCCUUCGUCUCCCUCCAAACCCAAUUCUCCGCCUCUCUCGAACAAAUCAACUGGACCCUCGCCAUCCCCGCCCUCGGCCUCGCCGUCGGACCUCUCCUCUGGUCCAGUCCAGCAGACAUCAUCGGCCGCCGCCCCAUCAUGAUCCUGGGCACUCUAAUUUCCAUCGCGGCCACAAUCGGCGCCGCCAAAGCCUCAACCUACAGCAACUACAUGUGUGCGCGAUUUUUCCAAGGCUUGGGAGUCUCACCGGCUGCGACAGUGGGGUUAGCGAUUAUCAAUGAUAUUUUUUUCGAACAUGAAAGGGGUCAGAAAGUUGGAUUGUGGGUUUUGGCGAUUGAUUUGGGACUGUUGUUUGGACCGUUGAUUGGGGGGUUUAUGUAUCUGGUUUCUUCUGAGUGGAUUCAGUGGCUUACGGCGAUUCUUUUGGGCGCGAUUUUGCUUGCGGAAGUCUUGUUUAUGCCGGAGACGUUGUAUCCGAGAGAUUGGAUGUUGUCGCGGCAAGUUGCUGCGGGAGGAGGAGGAGGAACGAAAGUUGGAAUGGUCGAUGCUGUUGGUGCGGAGGAGGAGGAGAAGGAGAAGAAGAAGCAAAUGACGACGGGAACCAUAUCUCGUGAAGGAGGAGGAGGAGGAGGAGAUGUGAAGCGGACAAAAGGUCUACCAUAUAUCAACGUGGUACCUCUCCCCGGGAUGAAGCAUCCCAAAGUCUGGGACACAUUGAUUCGAUUUGGCAAGACGUUCAAAUUCGCCGUGGUGCCGAUUGCAAUUUUCACCUAUUGCUUCGGUUGGUACUGGUGGGUAUUAUCAGUCAUUACCCUGAUUCCCGUCGCAUAUGCAACCUACUCUCCCCAAAUUCAAGGACUCUUCUUCAUCGGCCUCAUCGUGGGCACGCUCAUUUCCGAAAUCUUCUUUUCAGGUCGCUUGAGCGAUUGGCUAGUAGUCAAACUCGCAGCAGCAGCAGCAGCGAAACAAUGCGACUCGACGACGACGACGACGACGAACAACAACAAGACCCCCGAGAUGCGAAUUUGGUUAUUGUAUCCUGCAGCGGUUCUGACAUCCGUAGGAUUAAUCGUGUGGGGAAUUUCGAUUGAUCGGAAUUAUCAUUGGAUUGUAGGCCAAGUGGCUUUUGCAUUAUUCGGAGCCGGAAUCCAAAUGGGCAACUCCGCCGUAGCCGCCUACGUCCUCGACUGCUAUCCCUACCAAAGCAUGUCCGUAAUCGUCUUCUACGCAGUCCUCCUCAACCUGUCAGCGUUUAUCGAUCCAUUCUUCAUUGUGCCGUGGUUGGAUGCCGUGGGUUACACGUGGACUAUGGCAGGACAUGCGAUGAUUACGAGUUUUUUUUGUAUUCCGACGUUUGCGAUGUUGCAGACGUUUGGAGGGGAGUUGAGGAGGUGGAGUGGUGAGCCGGGUUGGGUGAAUCCGGAGUUUGAUGGGGAGGUUGGGGUUGGGGUUGUUGGACGGGGGGAAGGGGGAGGUUAGGUAGUGGUUUGGUUCCCCCUGUGGGGGUUGGUUGAUGGAUAUUGUAUAGAUGUAUAUAUACAUACUCUUUUUUUC